AUGGAUAAGUUGAGUGGGAACAAUGCGACAAUGGUGAACAGCUCCAUCGACAAGUGGUCAUUCAAUGAACGCGGCUCUUACCAACAGCUGGACCCUGGGGAGCUGAGGGUCCUGGUGCCAGCUAUUCUGGCAGUCAUUUGCGUCUUGGGUGCGGCUUGUAAUCUCACUGCGAUGGUCAUUUUGUUCUCCAGCGCACAUAGGGGCAAACUAUCUCUCAUCAACUCCCUCAUCUUUAACCUGAUGUUUGCUGAUGGACUGGUGCUGGCGUUUACAGUGCCUUUCAAAGCUGCCUCCUACUCCAAAGCUAGCUGGAAUCUGGGCUGGGUGGUCUGCAAGACGGCCAACUGGUUCCUCCACACCUGCAUGGCAGCGAAGAGCUUCACAGUGGCUGUCAUGGCCAAAGCGUGCUACCGUUAUGUGUCCAACCCCAACAAGCAGGUGAGCAUCCACCUGGGCUCCAUCCUGGUGGUGUUCUUCUUCAUUUGGCUGUUUGCCUGCUCUGUCACCAUUCCUCACUGGCUGUUUGCUACGCUGCAGAGAGAGAUCCGCGGGCUGGUGUGUGAGCUGAUAGUUCCUCCUGAAGCCCGGGAUUUCAUGUCUGUGUACAUCAAAGCAUACCCCCUGGGGGUUUACUGUGCACCUCUCAGCUUUGCCCUGGUGUAUUUCUGGAAGGCUUACAGCCAGUGCCAGCGCCGCUCCAGUAAGAGUCAGAACCUGCGCACACAGAUCAGAUCCAGGAAGCUCACCUUGAUGCUGUUUAGCCUGACUGUGGCCAUGGCUAUUCUCUGGCUCCCACAGUGGGUGGUGUGGGUUUGGGAGCGUCAUAUAGCAGAGAAGGAAAUUGAAGGAGCUCGGCCCCUCAUCUCCUCUAUUCCCCUUCUUCUAACCCUCUCUGCUCAGUUGCUCACCUUCUCUCUGUCCCUGGUGAAUCCUCUCAUCGUCCUCUCCCUCUCCGAGGAGUUCAGAGAGGGCUACAGGGGUCUGUGGAGGCGCCUCACCCUGCGCAAACCUCUUCCAAAGCCCAAACCUGGACCUCACAACCCUACAGCUCUCCAUUCGCCUUGCCCUAGACCAGAGACCUCCGGCCAGCUGCGGGGGGAGAGAUGCCUUCAAUCAAGCUCCAGCCAGGGUCCCAGCGGAGAGGCUCAGCCCCUGCCGGAGCAAGGAGGAGGAGGGAGGGAAGUAGACAGGGUGAGCCUCAAAGAUGGGAUUGUCUUGCCUGAUUUGGAGCAGUUCUGGCAGGAGAGGGAGACUGGAUCGCACACAGACGAAAAUGAUCCUGUGCCGUGGGAGCACCAGAGCGAAGAGGGGAAAAAAUAA